GAGCAGUGGGGGGGUUCGGCUUCAUUCUGACUGUAGAGCGGGCAGCUGCAGGGAGGAAGGAGAAAGCGGAAAGGCAGGCAGGGCCGAAGAAGAGCGAAUUCCCCUCUCCGUGGCGGAGUGUGUCGUGGGUUUAAAGGCAGGCAAGCCGGCCGGCUCGGUCUUCCGUCUUCUGCAGCAUGAAAGCCUUCAGCCCGGUGCGAUCCGUCAGGAAAAACAGCCUUUCGGAACACAGUCUGGGGAUUUCCCGAAGUAAAACCCCGGUGGAUGACCCUAUGAGUUUGCUCUAUAACAUGAACGACUGUUACUCGAAGCUGAAAGAGCUGGUGCCCAGCAUUCCUCAGAACAAGAAAGUGAGCAAGAUGGAAAUCCUGCAACACGUUAUUGACUACAUCCUGGACCUGCAGAUCGCCCUCGACACGCACCCCAGCAUCGUCACCCUCCAUCAUCAGAGACCGGGACAGAAUCCUUCCUCCAGAACUCCUCUGACCACCUUAAACACAGACAUCAGCGUCUUGUCACUACAGGCAGCUGAAUUUCCCUCAGAGUUAAUGUCAAAUGAGAGCAAAGCACUUUGUGGCUAAAUGUAUUGGUGUUUGCUGAAUUUUUGCACAAGAAGAUACAUCCCCCAGCAGUUCUGUCUGUUUCCAGCUAUAUCUGGAGGGGGGAAAUCCAUAUUCAAUUAAAUGAACAUUUUAAAGAAAAACUAAUGGAUAUCAUCUUCCACUGUUCUUCAUCUUGGACUAAUCUUAAUUAUUUAUGAAGAGACUUUUAAAAUGCCCUUUCCCUAGCUGGAAAGGCUUCAUUUAUAUACUAUUCCCACAGUAGGGAGCGAAAUGAAACUUUCAAAAGAACCUCUUUAAGGAAUUGUCCCUUUUAAAGCAGACUUUGCCUUUUUUCCUCCAAAAGGUGGAGCGUGAGUACUAGAAGAUUUAGUGUUCAGUUUUCUGUGAAGUCUUGGUCAAAAAUUAUCUUUUUUUGACAUGCGUAUAGGACUGAAUGCUGUGUACAUAUUUAUAUAUAAAUAUGGGAAUGAAACUUUGAACUCUUUAAUUAGAGUUUUCUUGUAUAGUAGCAGAAAUGUAUAUUUCUGCAAAAAAUGUUAUGAUGUACCUAAUCAUGCUGAACUUUUUAUAAAAGUUUAGUUGUAAACUUAACCUUUUUAUACAGAAUCAAAAUAAAUUGUGUGUUCAUUGAACAGCUUGUUUGCCUUCUUUGUAAGUACCAGCUGUUUUGUGGCAGAGCAAAUAAAUUGGCAGCAUUCAUUACAUUCUGUGUAGAUUGUAUGUCCUAGAGGUUCUUUAUUUUCUCUGAGAAAUUGUGUUUGAAAGUUGCUUGUUUAAAAAAAAAAAAAGUCCAAAUCUGUUUGAAGAGAAACUGUUUAAGUUGUUCAUUACCUUGAGAAGUUUGAACUUUAGAAGCAGAAUUGAACUCAGUUGUGCAGAAGAAACUCCUUUGCAUGUUUUCCCUUUGCCCUCUGUUGAUUGGCUAUGUGAACUUCUGGAAGCAACUACUCCACCUUUGAUGAACUUGCUUCUUUUGGUUGAUUAUGCAGAAAUUAGGAAUAGCAGAGGGCUGUCAACUUCCCCAACUGUUCAGUUCUUGUAAAAAAAAAAAAAAA